AAAUGUGGUUUUCUCCGGUUUCCUUCAGUUUUUCUCCUGUCUCAUCGCAUUAUGAGGAUUGUGAGUCAAAUUGGCAAAUGUCGCUUAAUCGGAGGCUCAUGCGAGAAGUGCACGGAACGCAUCGCAAUGCUCGAAAUGCCAAGUGACUCCUCGUGAGCGCGAAGGAGCGCUGGGAGAGUGUGAGUGAGUCACCCCUUGGCUCCGGCUGAGUCUCACGGCGCGCCUUCAGUUCAUUCAGUGCCGAGACACCGGACCGAGUUGAGGUGUUGCGGAAUCGCUCUCCGGCGAGAGUGUCGAAGGUUGUUCGCUUUAGCAUUGUGCUGCCUAAUUGCUCUCGACAAUCAGUGUGGAUUCUCGCCUUCGGCAGUUUGCGUCACUGCUGGCUUUUCGGCUGUUGUGUGCACUUGAAGGAGGAGGGCUCAUUGUGUUCGAUUUGUGACCAGGUGUUGAGGAAGGUAGACAAUUCCAGCGAUUAUAUUUGCACGGUGCGCAACCAAUUGAAGGUCAGUGGAUGGAGACCGUGUGUGACGAUCUGGAGAAUGAAAAACGCGCGCCAAAACACACUUGUGACAACCGCGAAUUCGCAAACUCUUCCUUAUGUGCUUCUCUGCGUGCCUCAUAAAUCAUAAACACCCUCUGUGCGCAAUUUGGUGAAUUCUUUGAGUGCUCUUUUCCUGGAUUUUUUCGAGAGAAACUCAACUGUCGCGGCCCUUCAAUUGUUGUGUAUCUCGACGACCGCAUAUCGAGUGCUGUCGAGCUUAAGAGAGCUCAACGUGUCAUCUUAUCAGCACACUUCCUGGUGAUUGAGAGAUGAACAGACAGUGAGAGUGCGGCAAGGUCCCGAGUAUUAGAAACAGUGGUGGUGAAAAAAACAUGCUGGACAAUUUCGAGUCGAAGAUCACCUUUGAGAUCCCGUCAAACCUGGACUUCCAGACGCUGGCCAUGUCCAACAACUAUACAGUCCUGCUCACGGGCGUGGGCGAGAUGGACCUCAGCUCCACGCUGGGCGACUCCGCCAUCAGUGGCACGCGCGGCGGCCUGGCCAGGGAUGGCCUGCUCACCGGCGACGCGGAGUACGACCGAUUCAUCGGAGACGUGUGGGUGGGCAUCCUGCUCACCCUCAUGAUAGUCUCCUCAAUCUUCUGCAUGUGCGCCUGCUUCCUCUACCACAAAUUCCUGCAGUGGAAAACAAGCCUACACCAAAGUCAUCAGGGAGCGAACGACAACCUCGAGGCUGGCCUGCAUCACUUUGACAGUGACUCCCUGCCCAGCUACACCCUCGUUUCCGGGCUUCCCAGCUACGAUGACGCCCUGGAAUCGUUCCGAUAUCCAAACAGCGCGUCCACCGCGCGUCCCUCCAUCAUCAAGCUCUUCGCCUUCGAGCCCGAUCCUGCGCCGGCCAAGGCGCUCGACUACGGGCCGCACAAGGACUACAGAGGCGUGCACGAGGAGGCGCCCAGCUACGACGACGCCGUGUCCGAUCACCAGACGGCCCGCAAAGUGCUGCAGUGCCGCGUGCCGAGCUACGAAGAGGCCACGCGCGCGCCCAGACUCUGCGUGAACCUGCCGCGGGCGCUGAUCGCAGGCCGCGAGCUGGCGCAGCUGCACAAGGUGCCCUCGGCCGGGGAUGUGAGCGGCCACACGCCGGAUUCGCCGGGUGCGGCCGCGCGCCACAACAGCCUGCCGAGGAACUUCAGCCGCCGGCCGGAGCUGUGACCAUUGACUGUGAUACCGCCAAUCCAUAGCAAUAGAUCCCAAUUGAAAGACUCUGGGCCGCGACGGAGGUCGUCGAAACAUGCGACAUGCUGUGACUUUUAUGUAGAGUUGAAGAGCUACAAGAUGAUAUUUUUAUUUAAUUGAGAAUAGUGAAUUUUUGCGAUGUGCCGGAAGAUAGAUUUAUAGUGUGAUUUCUCAUUGCAAAAUCCAGAAAAAUGGUGCUCUUGGAUCGUUGUAUGAGAAAUGCUGAGACAGAUAUUUUUCUCUGUACGGAGUCAAAAUAGUCAAUAAAAACCAAUAUAUUGUACUUUAAGAAUACGAAGAAGACUUUUAUUUCAA